UUGAUAGCAAAAUUUCAUGGUCCGGUUCACUCUGCGGUGAACCUAUCCACCAGUUAGCGAUCCCGUCGAUCGCAAUUCACCAGAAUGGCAUCCGCUGGGAUACCUUCGACCUUCUCCGUUCGUGACUCCAUCGCGAGCCUUCCGUCGCUUCUCCCUGCAACCCCCUCGGUUUCCCUCCGGCCUCAGCUCAACGUUCGCGCUCUUCUGAAGCGGAACCCCAAGCGCUUGAAGUACUCUACUCCUCGCCUUUUCAAGAAGCGGGAAUCGAUGGUGUACGUGGAAAUGGACCCUUUGGGGACCGAAACUUGGAGGCUGGAUCCCGUCGUCGAGCUUAUCAAGGAAGGAGCUGUUGGUGUAAUUCCCACGGAUACUGUGUAUGCCAUUGUUUGUGAUUUGAAGAGUUAUUCAUCGAUAGAACGGCUACGGAGAAUCAAAGACAUAGAAAACAAGAAGCCUCUCAGUAUCUUGUGCCGUUGUUUUCAAGAUAUAGAUAAGUACACAGUAGGUUUUCCUCGUGGUGAUGGGCAUGGGCAAACAAAUAUCUUUCGUGCUAUUAAACACUGUUUACCUGGGCCUUAUACAUUUAUUCUUCCUGCAACCAAAGAAUUACCAAAACAAUGCAUAAGAUCUGGAAGGGCAGCUAAAUAUGAGUCAAGGAAGCAUGUAGGUAUCCGCAUGCCAGAUGAUCCUAUUUGUCAAGCUAUAUUACGAAGUCUGGAUGAACCUGUCAUUUCCACAAGUGUAAAGUGGCCUUCAGAAGAUCAGUGGAUGCUAGAUCCUGUCCUAAUCGCAGAUACUUAUGAGCCAGAGGGCCUUGAUUUUGUUGUCGACGGUGGUGUCCGAGUGGCUGAUCCAUCUACUGUGGUUGAUAUGACAGGAAAGCUUCCAACAAUUAUUCGCCAGGGAAAGGGCCCUCGGCUGGACUGGAUGGUGGUGGAGGGUGAAGAUGUUGGUGCUGUAAGCUAUUAGCCUAGCAACAAGGCAUCAUCCUCAUCUUCCUAAUCUCAUGAAUGCUUGAAGUUGAUUUUGAUCAUCACUCGAAAGAUUCAUCUUGUAAAUUGCCCAACAAAGAAAAUGUCAGUUAGAAUUUUGUACA